CCAUCAGGCUUGGGCUUUAGCCAACAGCCUUCCCCUGCCCUUCGCCUCUCCUGUUCCUCUCCGGCAGGUACUCCCGACCUCACCUGGUGCCGCCGCCGCCGCCGCCCGCAGAAGCCGAAGAUGGCGUCGUCGGCGUCCACCCUCGAGAUCGAGGCCCGCGACGUGGUGAAGAUAGUGCUGCAGUUCUGCAAGGAGAACUCGCUGCAGCAGACGUUCCAGACGCUGCAGAACGAGUGCCAGGUCUCCCUCAACACGGUCGACAGCAUCGACACCUUCAUCGCCGACAUCAAUGCCGGGCGCUGGGAUGCGGUGCUGCCCCAGGUCGCACAGCUCAAGCUGCCACGCAAGAAGCUUGAGGACCUCUAUGAGCAGAUCGUGUUGGAGAUGGCCGAGCUCCGAGAGCUUGACACGGCCCGUGCCAUCCUCCGCCAGACGCAGGUCAUGGGCGUCAUGAAGCAGGAGCAGCCUGAGCGCUACCUCCGACUUGAGCACCUCCUUGUCCGCACAUAUUUCGACCCCAAUGAGGCCUACCAAGAAUCCACCAAGGAGAAGCGGCGAGCGCAGAUUGCUCAAGCUGUUGCUUCUGAAGUCUCAGUAGUCCCGCCAUCUCGGCUUAUGGCAUUGAUUGGCCAGGCUUUGAAAUGGCAGCAGCACCAAGGACUAUUGCCGCCUGGCACGCAGUUCGAUUUGUUCAGAGGAACUGCUGCUAUGAAGCAAGAUGAAGAAGAGACAUACCCUACUACAUUAUCUCAUCAAAUAAAGUUUGGGAAGAAAACUCAUCCCGAAUGUGCUCGAUUUUCACCUGAUGGUCAGUACCUUGUUUCAUGCUCAGUGGAUGGAAUCAUUGAAGUCUGGGAUUAUAUUAGCGGGAAGCUUAAAAAGGAUCUUCAAUAUCAAGCCGAUGAAAGUUUUAUGAUGCACGAUGAUGCUGUGCUAUGUGUUGACUUUAGUAGAGAUUCUGAAAUGCUGGCAUCUGGAUCACAGGACGGGAAGAUUAAGGUUUGGCGUAUACGAACUGGCCAGUGCUUGCGACGUCUUGAGCGCGCGCAUUCGAAAGGUGUUACAAGUGUUACAUUCUCACGUGACGGAACCCAGAUAUUGAGUACAUCCUUUGACACUACUGCGAGAGUACAUGGCCUCAAGUCUGGAAAGAUGCUGAAAGAAUUCCGAGGUCAUAAUUCCUAUGUGAAUUAUGCCAUCUUUACAACUGACGGUAGCCGUGUUAUUACAGCUUCCAGUGAUUGUACUGUUAAGGUCUGGGAUACAAAAACAACUGAUUGCUUGCAUACUUUCAAGCCACCACCUCCUUUGAGGGGAGGAGAUGCAUCUGUUAAUUCUGUCCAUCUAUUUCCCAAAAAUACUGAUCACAUUGUUGUCUGUAGUAAGACUUCAGCAAUAUACAUCAUGACUUUUCAAGGACAGGUUGUAAAGACUUUCUCAUCAGGUAAACGGGAAGGGGGAGAUUUUGUUGCAGCUUCAGUUUCCCCAAAAGGAGACUGGUUGUAUUGUGUUGGUGAAGAUAUGAACAUGUAUUGCUUUAGCUACCAGUCUGGUAAACUGGAUCAUCUAAUGAAGGUCCAUGACAAGGAUGUCAUAGGAAUUACGCACCAUCCUCACAGGAAUUUGGUUGCCACCUAUGCCGAAGAUUGUAUGAUGAAGAUAUGGAAGCCCUGAUUUUUGUUUACUUGUCUGUAUUAAUCCUGUAUUUUUAGGGAACAUGGUUAUCCGGCUCUGUCUGAAGUGCUAAUUAAAUAGGAUGUAUUCAGUUUUGUAAUUUAGAGAACUGGGAGGUGCUUAAUAGUUCAUUAUCGACUCCUUGGUGCAUAUAGAACCCAAUGUGUUCCAUUGUAUCCUGUACUAGUUCUAGUAUCGUUAUAAUUUGUUUACAGACAAAGCUGAUAUGAUGAUUCCUUUCAACACGCUCCAACUUAAUUU